AUGCAGAAAAAUUUUUUUGGUGCCAUGACUCAAUCAAAGUUGCAAUCAUUAGAGGAUUCUAAUUUGGCUAAUCGCAUAGAAAAGGUGUUUUUAACAUUUUAUUCGACAUCUGUUGAUUACAUUCAGAAGUGGUUCAGAAUUACUGAUUGUCCGUCUUCUUCUAAGUGGUUAAUGCUGAAAUCUGUCGAUACAAUUUUGUAUAAGGAUAUUCGAAAAUCUGCAGAGUUUCUAAUGCCAGAAAUUUCUGUGAAAGAUUCUCUGUUUGAUGAAACGAGUCUUCUAAUUUCACUGUUGAAAGAUUCAAAAGAAAGUUUCCACGAAUUGCCCAUUGAUAUAAAAUGGGCUGUUCUGUUUCAAAACGAACUGUUUUUAGAUUUGAAGAAAUUGGUAUACACAAUUUUUGCCAUUCCUACCUCGAAUGCUGCUGUUGAGCGAAUUUUUUCAUUAUGUAAUAAACAAUGGACUGAUGAUAGAAACUGCCUAAAAAUUGAUACUGUUAAAAGUUUACUACAGAUAUCUAAACAAAGUAAGUUUGAAAUUUCAAACCUAGAUUACGAAUACGAACAUAAAAAACUAAUUCGAAAAAGAUUUUCCUUUUGUCCGCCUUCUUUGUGGAACAGUCUGCUCUCAUCUUUCAGACAACAACCGUCUCUUAGUCUGUUCAAAAAAGCACUUGGUCGCGAUCAAGGUGGCAAUUCAUCCUGA